AUGUUUUGCCGGAAUCUCCCUUGUCAUUUGAAUCCAUUGGUUUGGUUCCUGCCCUCCAGAGAAGCAGAAAGCAAGCUUGCUCUUCCUCCCAUGGGACAUCCCUUCAGAUACUUGAGGCUGGCUAUCAGAUCUUUUGUGAUACAGUGCCUGACAGAAGUAGCUGAGCAGGUUCAAGGAGCUACAGACUAUGGAGCUCUUUUCCCUGAAGGAAAUAACAGCUGCAACUGUCCCAAAGUCCACCGCUGCUUUUUCUUCCGUCUUAAAGGCAGCGCUAACAAUACAGUGGGUUCAGUUCCUCUGCUGAUCCGGUUUCUUUCAAGGGCUGCAGCCCCACUGCUUUUAAGCCAACGGGAAGCCCUUCCCAGGAAUCGUUCGGGAGGGCAGGUGAAGCAGUGA